GAGGGUAGAGGACACCGGCUGCCCUGCCUCCAGUCUGCAUGUGAGCACACACAGCAGGACGGCUAAGGACAGUGACAGGGCAACAAAGGGACGCAUGCUUCCUCCAAGGCAUCACAUAAAUAAGAAUAUUUAAGACUUCCGCACAGAAGCUUUCUGCCUACCUCUAUCCUCACCUUCAAGGGUGUAAUUCAGCAGUCAUGGACCUGGAGCAUUUUGAUGAGCGGGACAAGUCUCAGAGAUACACCCGAAGGGGCUCCAAAGGGAAUGGUCUCCCUAGCCCAACUCAUAGUGCUCACUGCAGCCUUUACAGAACCAGGACACUGCAAGCACUGAGCUCAGAAAAGAAGGCCAAGAAGAUUCGUUUCUACCGCAACGGUGACCGCUACUUUAAAGGGAUUGUGUAUGCAAUUUCUCAGGAGAGGUUUAGAUCUCUAGAUGCUCUCCUCGCAGAUCUCACAAGGUCUCUCUCUGAUAAUGUCAACUUGCCCCAAGGAGUAAGGACCAUAUAUACUGUUGAUGGAGCAACCAAGAUUACCAGCAUAGAACAGCUGGUGGAAGGAGAAAGCUAUGUUUGUGCAUCCAUAGAGCCUUUCAAGAAACUAGACUAUACAAAGAAUGUAAAUCCCAACUGGGCCGUUGGUGCCAGGACUGCAGCUUCGAUCCGCGAUCCUUCUUCCCUCGGCAGCGCCAUGGCUGGAUCCCCAGAAACCAGGGAGACCAAAGACUUCAUAAAGCCCAAACUGGUGACGAUUGUCCGCAGUGGAGUGAAACCUCGCAAGGCUGUUCGGGUCUUGCUCAACAAAAAGACAGCACACUCCUUUGAUCAAGUCAUGAGUGACAUCACAGACGCCAUCAAGCUGGACUCUGGGGUCGUUAAAAGGUUAUAUACUGUUGAUGGCAAAAUGGUUACAUGUCUUCAGGACUUUUUUGCAGAAGAUGACAUUUUCAUUGCUUGUGGUCCUGAAAAGUUUCGCUAUCAAGAUGAUUUCAAUUUGGAUGAAAACGAAUGCAGGGUGACGAAGUCAUCGUCAUAUGGCCGACUCCCCACAGUUCAUGGUGGUUCUUUGUCGAGAACUGGUGGAAUGUCUCGUAGAAGCAAGUCUCCCUCACCUGCCCGAUCUGCAAAUGGCACUGCUGGAAGUACGCUUUCUACACCUCGUUCUGGAAAAUCUCCAAGUCCCAUUUUAACGAGUCCUUCUAGCCUCCGAAGACGUCAGGGAUCCCAGUACAGUGGCUCUUCACUUUCAUUAGCCUCUACCAAGGUAUGCAGCUCAAUGGAUGAAGGAGAUGGUCCCAACGGUGAAGUUGAGCCAGUGGAUGAAUGUUCCCCAGUUCCUACCUCCAUAACAGACAGAUACAAAGUUGGAAGGAUUUUAGGGGAUGGAAACUUUGCUGUGGUUCGUGAAUGUGUGGAAAGAUCAACUGGAAGAGAGUAUGCUUUAAAAAUAAUCAGCAAAGACAAAUGUAAGGGAAAGGAACACAUGAUACAGAGUGAAGUGUCCAUUCUGAGGCGUGUGAAACAUCCAAACAUUGUCCUCUUAAUCGAGGAAAUGGACACCCGCAGAGAUCUCUAUCUUGUAAUGGAACUGGUGAAGGGAGGAGAUCUCUUUGACGCCAUUACCUCCUCCAACAGAUACACAGAGCGGGAUGCCAGUUGUAUGCUGUUCAACUUGGCAAGCGCCAUAAAGUACCUCCACAGUCUCAAUAUUGUGCACAGAGACAUAAAACCAGAAAAUCUCUUGGUGUAUGAACAUCAAGAUGGUAGUAAAUCUCUGAAACUGGGAGACUUUGGCUUGGCUACUGUUGUCAAUGGUCCUCUUUAUGCUGUUUGUGGAACACCUACUUAUGUAGCACCAGAGAUUGUUGCUGAAACAGGAUAUGGCCUCAAGGUUGAUAUCUGGGCAGCAGGCGUCAUCACUUACAUACUGGUCUGUGGUUUUCCUCCUUUUCGUGGCAGUGGAGAAGACCAGGAGGCCCUCUUUGAAGAGAUUAUAAAAGGCCAUCUUGAAUUUCCAGCACCAUACUGGGACAACGUAUCUGAGCCUGCCAAGGCUCUGAUCACUGGCAUGCUGCAGGUAGUUGUGGAUCAAAGAUACACAGCUGGACAAGUGCUGGAUCAUCCCUGGGUCAAUGGUGACAGUCUGUCAGAAAAGGGGCACCAGCUUGCUGUGGCUGGAAAAAUCAAGAAGCAUUUUAAUUAUGGACCCAAGCUCAAUGGCACUGCAGCAGGAGUGUCAGUAAUUACAACCACGCCACUUGAUAAAGAGAAGCAAGUUUUCCGACGAAGACGCCACCAGGAUGUGAAGCUUUCUACCCAAUUGUUGCCCAGCAGUGGUGCCACCACCACCUCAGAGAUUGCCAACCCCAUCAUCUCCCCAGAGUUGUCUCCAAUUUCAGCUGACACCGUUCUUUCACCCACUUCUCCCUUCUAAUAGGUGUGCAGAAAUCACACCAGGUUCCUAUUUGGAGAGAUUUGUGUUUAAUAUAAUAAUGGGUCUCUGGUCCUUAAAUGUACCCAUUUUCUGGUCACUUUCUCAAUUUAAAAUACAUUUGUAAAAUUGAAGGACAGCCCUAUAAAAUGAACACAGCUUGACAGUAUGAAAAAAUUGUAAAACCUAUUCAGACAGUAGCCUUCUCAUGUUUUUUUUCUCCCAAUACUGCUUCAAAAACUGGGACGAGCAGGGGCACUGCAAUGAUUUGGAUGUACAUGGAUGUAGUUCUCCUAAAUUUUCCUUUGAGGUGUAGUUGUACUUAUCCAAAUAAUGAUGCAUGGGUACAAAGAUUUGCAAAAUCCGUAUGUGUAUAUGAUCAGUUUGCUCAGUGAGUGACUGAACCACAAUGGAGUGGAGCAGGGAUUACAGUUUAACUAAGACAAAAAUAUAUUGAGAUAAAAAAAAGACAGAUUAGCUGAUUGGAGUCUUGUGGAAAUAUUUUCUUAAAAGCCACAAAUGCAGUUGAUUUUUUUUUUCUUGAAAGGUGAUAUUUGAGGUAGUUCACUAGGGCCCUCUGGUGGUUACAACAUAGAACUACCUAAAUUUUCACAAAAACAAGUUUAUUGAAUUCUUGCAUGUAAAUCUUGUUUCUGAAUAACCUUGACAUGUUUCAUGCAUAUUUUAAAAUUUUAAAUUAAAAUAUCACAUUAGUUUAUUACAUGUUACAUUUCUUGAAAGCAUGUUGCUUUGGGAUGUAAAGAUGCGACUCGUAAUUCCGAAACACAUUUGACCAAUGCUGCUACACUGGAUCAUUAAAUCAUUUAAAAAGGCACCUAGUACUUCUAACGUGAAGAUUAAACUAGAUCUUGCAAUGGUGGUGGUGCAGAUGAAUCUCAGUGGAGUGUAGGACAUUGAAAAUUGCACCUUUUUCAAGGCAUUACCUUGGCAGACCUGCACGCAAGUGGAAUUAGGUGCACAUACCUCACAAUACUAAAUGUCCAUUUUGAAUGCCAAAACAAAUGUAUUUCUGACAACUGACAUACCUUCUUAUUGGAGUUAAAUGGUGCAACAUGUUAUUUUUCACAUUUAAGUGAAUUCAACAGUGCUUCCACUAAUAGUCAUUUUAAUGUGAUUUAUGCAAGUACUUUUUUUUUUUUAAGACCUGUAUGUUUUCUCAUUAUGCAAUUAAUUUUGCUCAGACAAAAGUUUUGAAUGUUUGUUUUCCAGGCUCUUACCUGCAUGUGAUGAAGUGCAUACUUUUGAACACUUUUGCUCUCUUCCUGUAAAACAAAAAUUGUUGUUCUUUAUGAAUAGUUUUCAUUAUAGUGUCUGUCCAUGGUAACUGAUAAAAUUAAAACACAUAU